GCCCUCCGCCAGGCCUCAAGGGGUGCUGGGUUCCUGCCUCGUCGUUCUAGGGGUCUCGAACUUGGCUCAGGGCAUCAUCAACUCAUUCCUAGCCCAACCUGUCUUAUUAAGCUUACCCCAAGUGUGGCAUUCCUUUGUUCCCAAGUGAUCUAGUGAUCAGUGCUGUGGUGAUUUUCUAGUGUCAGUGCAAGAAGUGUUAGCUUUUGAGUAGAGUUGCUGAGCUGAACGUUAAAAUCACACCUUUUAUCAAAACAUCAAAUAUCAGUAAGAAAGACAAAGGAAAUGUCUGUUGCAUACAAUCUCAUACUCAGCAUUGAAACUACAUGACUACUUAUUGAUUGAGUUUUAUAAUGAAGGGAGUGAAGGCAUACCAUAGACUGCAAUUGCACAUGGAAUGCUAUUCCAGUAAGAUUCCAAUAAGAACUGUUAAUGAAUAAGACAGGAAAAUAAUACUUAAUUAAGCAAAUUAAAAUCAAAGCAAUACAAGAAAAAGAAAUAUAAUUAUGUGUCUUCAGAAGCAAUAGUUGUGCAAUCUCACAGUGCUAGUGUGUGAGUGGCUCCAGGUGCCACUGAGGAAGGUAGUAAGUUGUAACAGCUGAUAAUGACAGAAGAAUAUGGUCAAGGCAUGGACGCGGGUGGAAAUAAUUUUGACUCCGGUCAACAGCCACAGGAGCAGGAGUUGGCGACAAAGAUGCUACAGAUACAGUCAAAGAGGUUCUACCUCGACGUGAAGCAGAACAGGAGGGGGCGGUUCAUCAAAGUUGCAGAGAUCGGCGCGGACGGGCGCCGCAGCCAAAUAUUUCUGGCGAUGUCCACAGCGGCGGAGUUCCGGGACCACUUGUCCGCGUUUAGCGACUUCUACUCCUCGCUCGGCCCCCCCAAUCCAGACAACGUGCCAGACGACGGCAAGCUCAAAUCAGAGAUGAUGCUCAAGGACAACCGGCGCUACUACCUGGACCUGAAGGAGAACUCUCGCGGGCGCUUCCUGCGCGUGUCGCAGACCAUCACGCGCGGCGGCCCGCGCUCGCAGGUGGCGCUGCCGGCGCAGGGCAUGAUCGAGUUCCGCGACGCGCUCACCGACCUGCUGGACGACUUCGGCACCGACGACGGCGGGUUCAAGGGCGAGCUGCCCGAGGGCCGCCACCUGCGCGUGGACAACAAGAACUUCUACUUCGACAUCGGCCAGAACAACCGCGGCAUCUACAUGAAAGUCAGCGAGGUGGUACCUUCGUUGCAAGUGAAGAGCAACUUCCGCACGGCCAUCACGGUGCCCGAGAAGUGCUGGACGCGCUUCCGCGACAUCCUCGCCGACUACUGCGACAAGAUGAACCGCGCGCACUCCGACUCCGCGGACCACCACCAGGGCGGCAGCGGCGCGGGCGGCGCGGGGGCGGCGGGCGGCGCGGCGGGCCCGCGGGCGGGCAGCGCGCAACCCGCGAGAGACGCCGAACCCUUCGCGUCGGGCUCGCGGAUUUGAUGCGACAGCGUGCCGCACUGAGCGC